AUGGAGGAACAUGCUCAGAGUUCAGUGACGACGAAUCGAAAGCGGCAGCGAUCAAGAGAACGUCAAGAUGAGAAAGAGGAGAUUCAAGUUGAUAGUAUUCAAGUCAAUUGCAUGAAGAAUGAGCAGCAGAUGCAUGAGCAAGAAGAGAAAAGGAAUAGUCUAUAUUCUAAAGACGAGAGUAGAUGUGAGACGGAGAAUCAAGACGAGACACUUGUAGUACUGGAGCUUUGUGACUUUAAGAAUCAUCCAAUAUUUGAUGAUUAUAGCUCUGCGAUACUUGAGGGCAUCGACACGGCAACACCAAUGCUACGAAUUGGUGAGUACAUUUUGUAUGGUCAAUUGGAAGAAACGGUUGGUACAAACUAUUUUUACGAUACGGACACGACAAAAGCAUUGGAUCAGACGUAUGCAUUUGUGGGUCAAACGAUUAAAAAGAUCAAGUUUACGAUCGCACCACCAGAAGAAGUGUAA